AUGGAUAAUAAUCUUCUUGAUCUAAAAACAAAUGAAACCAUUCAAGAGGACAUUGCCAAUUUGGAAAAGUUAACACAAUCGUAUUUGCUCUUAAAGAAAAGAAUUUCUGGAACUCAUGAAUUAAUUAAACAAUAUAAUGAUAAAUUAAAAGAAUGUGAGCGAUCAAAACAAGAAUUGGAUGGAUUAAAUAAAGAAGUAAAAAAAAUAACAUGUAAUUAUAAUUCCACCUUAGCAAAAGUUAUUAAACUAGAACUUCAAAACACAGAAUAUAAAAAGAACAUUAAAAUUUUAACAACACAAGUAAGUGAACAUAAUAUAAAGGCAGCAGCUGAUAAACAACAUAUACAGCAACUAAUAUGUAAAAUAAAGGAUAUUGAGGCAAAUCAGAAUGAUAAAAUAAUGCAGUAUGAUUUAGAGAAAUCUUCUCUUCAAGUGAAAGUCAAAGAAUUGGAGCAGGAGUUGAAAAAUGUUAAGAAAUCCUAUGACACAAAAAUGAAGAAGAUGGAGAAGAAAGUCCCUAUAGAGAAUGAAAAUAAAGUGAAAUUAAAGGAUGCUGCAAUCAAUACAAUAUUAACUAAAGAUAUAAUAAUGCAAAAACCAGAAGUCAGAGAUAAAUCUGUAUUAACAAAUGAAUUUUAUAAUGUGAAGAAUAAUUUGUAUCCUGUAUUUUGCGGCAAGUGUGAAAUUUUGUUAGAACCACCUCCUAUUGAGAAAAUAUGUAAAGUUAUGAGCAAUUCAUGUCCAAAACUUAUUGAAAAAAUUUCAUCUCCAAUAAAAAGAUCUCAGAAACCUUCAUCCAUGCUUCAAAUGCCAGCAGAUAUAAACAGUGAACGAUAUAGAACUGAAAGUUUACCGACAUUAUCAAGUACUCCUGCGCAUCAUUUACAGAAUCAGAGUAGUCAUGUAGAUUUUAUUCCUACAAGUCUAUUACAUCCUCAUACAAUUUCGUUAAAUCCUGCAAACUGCUAUAAUAAUAAUAAUACUUUUCCCUCAGCAUCGAAUCAAGGUACCUAUUAUAUUGGACCAACAGCACAUAAUCCCUUGUCAAUGAUAAACUUGAGUACAGCUAACCAAAAUGGUCAUUGUGAGAGUAUGGCAGCAUCUUCAUUGCCGAUUAUUACCUCCUUACAAAAGAAAAUUGAUACUUUGGAAAAUAAAAUAAAAAAGAAAUUAAAGAAAAGGAAGUCAGAUCAGAACAAUAGUUGCCAACAUUAUCAUCAUCAGAAUCCUCCUCACAUGUAUGGUGUAAAUAAUGCCAUGCCAUUCAAUUUCAUUGAAUUGUGGCAAAAGAUGACGGAAUUCUAUGAAAACAAAAACAGGAACAACACUAGGGUGGAUAAACCAAGAAAUAUAAAGAAACGUAAAUUAUCCCGAUUGAAACGUAAAAGAUUGCCGAGUUCGCAUAUUGGCUCAUGGAAGGUUGAAUCAAUUGUAAAGAAAACUGAGCAGAAGCCUUCUAGAAAAAGACCUAAAAAAUGCAAGUAUCGAUUUUCUCCACUUUUCAAUAAAUCUAGUAGUUCUUCGUUAAGUAGCAUUGAAGAUGUGAGAAAGUUGAACAGUGAUUCUGAAUCAAAUUCAUCUACUGAUAUGUCUAAUGAUAGUAGUAAUGAUAAAGCAAAUACUAAUGUAGACUCUGAUAGUCUAUCACAUACAGAAAGUGAUGCUAAUAUAAAAGUAAUACAAAAUUCGGUUGAAUGUAGUAAGUCAGUAGGAGGUGAAACUGAUUCAGGAAUAUUAUCAGAUUCUAUUGAAUCUGGUAAACUAAUGCAGCUUAAGGCGGAUACAGGCGCAAAGUCGAAAUUAACAAUGCAACAACAAAACAAAACAGAAAAUGCAACGGAAAUAAAGUCUUCCAAGCAAAGUAAAUCAUGUUCUGACGACCAUAAUAUAGGCACGAACGAGUCUCCAAUGGAAACAACAGUUGAAAGUAGUAAUACUUUGAAUACGUUAUCAAAAUCGGAUGAAUAUAUCGAAGAAAUUAUUAUGUUCGAUGUAUCAUCAGUAUCAGAUGAAUAUGUCGAAGAAAGUAAUACUUCGGACACGUUAUCAGAAUUAAAUGAAAGUAUCGAAAAUACUUCAGACACGUCAUGGAUUACAGAAGAAAGUAUUGAAAAAACUAAUAGAUCGGAUAUAUUAUUAAAGCCAGAUGAACGUAUCUCAAAAACUAAUUCUUUGAAUAUAUUAUCAAAAUCAGAUGAAUGUGUCGAAGAAAGUAACACCCUGGACAUGACAAAAUCAUAUGAAAGUACGAAAAAAAUGAAUUCUUCAAACAUAUUGUCAAAAUCAGACGAAUGUGUUAAAAAAACCAAUAGUUUGAACAUAAUAUCAAAAUUAAAUGAAUCUAUUGAGGCAACUAAUCCCUUGGACAUGCUAUCAAAAUCAGAUGACCAAAAAUCAGAUGAACGUGUCAAAGAAACUAAGACCUUGAACAUAUUAUCAAAAUCAGAUGAAUGUGUCAGAAAAGCCAAUAAUUUGAACAUGAUAUCAAAAUUAAAUGAAUCUAUUGAGGCAACUAGUCCCUUGGACAUACUAUCAAAAUCAGAUGAUCAAAAAUCAGAUGAAUUGGUCAAAGAAACUAUGACCUUGAACAUAUUAUCAAAAUCAGAUGAAUAUGUCAAAAAAGCCAAUAAUUUGAACAUGAUAUCAAAAUUAAAUGAAUCUAUUGAGACAACUAAUCCCUUGGACAUACUAUCAAGAUCAGAUAAUCAAAAAUCAGAUGAAUUGGUCAAAGAAACUAAGCCCUUGAACAUAUUAUCAAAAUCAGAUGAAUGUGUCAAAAAAGCCAAUAAUUUGAACAUGAUAUCAAAAUUAAAUGAAUCUAUCAAAAAAAGUAAUCCCUUCAACAUACUAUCAAAACCAGGUGAUAAAAAAUCAGAUGAUUUGGUCAAAGAAACUAACACUUUGAAUAUAUUAUCAAAAUCAUAUGAACGUAUGAAAAAAAUGAAUUCUUCAAACAUAUUGUUAAAAUCAAAUGAACGUGUCAAGAAAACUAAUAAUUUGGACAUAUUAUCAAAGUUAGAUGAAUCUAUUAAGGAAACUAAACCCUUGGAUAUACUGUCAAAAUCAGAUGAUCAUACGAAAAAAAUUAAUUCUUCAGACACAUUAUCAAAGUUAGAUGAAGGUAUCAAUAAAAUGGAACAUACACGUAUGUUAGAAUUAUCGCAAUAUAGUAGUUCAAUGGCUCGCAUUAAAACAAGUAUUCCUACUACCCCGAAUUCUAUGAGAAAAAAAAAUAUAAGUGACCUUUAUGGCCUGAAAAAACCCGACAAUCGGCAACACUUAAUAAAGAAAUUAAAAAAUUUAUUUUUAAGCGGUACAAUUAUGAAUACAUGUCAAGUUACACCGGAACGUCAAGAAACACAAAAUUAUGAACAUUGUAAUUCCAAUAUUUCUGAACAAAAGACAGUUGAAGAUAAAGAAGAAGAAGUUAAAGAAGAUGAUUAUAUACCUAAAAAGAAACCUCGUAUCGCACAUGUACCUAAAAGUACAGUAGUUGGACAAAAUCAGACAACAAGAUCAGAUAACUUUUUGCAGUUUAAGAAAGGAUUAAUCAAUAAUAGAAAAGGUACUACUGUCAUUAAAAAUACACAAAGGAAUUGUAUGAAUUUAAAUAAAUCAAAGGAAGAUAAUAACGAAGUACAUAGAAUUUCUAGCAUUAAGAUAGAAGAACCGCUAUCGAAACUGUCGAGUACGUAUUCUAACAGCAACCGAAAUGUUAUAGAAGAUACUAUUCGUAAAAUGUCAAUCCCUAAUAUUAAAAACUCGUUAAGUGAUUUAGAAAAUAAGAAUUCAUUUGAAAGGAGCAAAAAUAAUUAUAGUAAAUUUGAUACUAAGCCCAAUAGUUGUUUGAGAAAAACUAUCAAGACAAAACCUGAAUCAAAUCAGCAUAGUAAACUCUUAAAGCGCAAACAUGGAAAUAAUUGUAUAAAUGUAAAGGGAAUCAAUGGAAUAGACAAGAUGAGCCAACAGGGAGCAUUAAAUUCCAAUAGUAGGUCUUCCAUCAAUACUUUAGAAACAAGUGAUGUAAAAGAAAUGAACUUAAAUACUGAAAAAUUAACUAACAAUGUAUGUAAGAAGGAAGAAGAUUUUACUACAGAAUAUAAUUUGAAACCAUAUCAUCCAAUUAUAAAAUUGCAACAAUAUGUUAACGAGAUUAAAUGUAUAAAAACCAAAAGGAAUAAGAAUCAAUCUGCCAAACUUUCACAUGUUCGUUCAGUAGUAGAUAAAUUUGUGGAGAUUCAGUUGCAAAGGCUUAUAGACAGUGAUUGGGAAAGUUCUAUACAUUGGGAUGUGAUUAAAACAUUACAAUCUACUUGUAGUGCUUGUAUCAUAGCAAAGGGAAUUAUAGAUUUCUUAAGUAAAGAAGUGGAUCACAACCACGUUUUAGAUAACACUUAUACACCACCUGCACCAUUAAUGGCAAAAGCACAACAAAGAAUAUCAGCACUAUUAGUUGACUUAGAGAAAUCAAAACCCACGAUAAUUCAAAUCGUUCAAGCUGGUAUAGAGUACAAACUUUUUAGACUUAACCAACCAAUAGAGAGAUCUGCUAUAGAGUCUCUUUCUAGAAUGUACACGGUUUUAGCACGAAUUAGAAAAGAUCGAGAAAAAGUAAGAAUAUUCUGUUGCGAUGCUCUAUAUUGUUUGGGAAUUAAUGCGGUAAUUAUUUUGUAUACAGUAUUAACUUGUUGGCCAGAAGUGUUUCCAAAUAACGAUACGAAUGCCGAAUUAUUGCCAAGAUGUAUGGCACAUUUAAUUCUGGAACAACAAGGCAUAGAUUUCCCUAAACUCAAUGCCUUGAAGAACUUGAUAUCUAUAUACUAUAAAUACCCAAUGGGAACGUUGUCUGCAGAUAUUCUGAAAGAACUUUUGAUGGCAAUUCAGAAAAAUAGUCACAGUAAUGUAGAAACUGCUAUUAUACUUCUCGCGAAAAGAGAAGGUACUGAAUGGGCGUAUAAAAAUGUCGUUAAGGGUGCAUUGUUAUCAAUGAUAGUUAAUAAUAAACUUCCUAAUACGUAUCGAGCAUUUUCUUUACUAGGUAAUCUCAUGCGUGUAUUUCCUAUAGAAGAUAAGGAUAAUGCAGUUGGUGAAAUUGUAGAACAAUUAUCUGAUCUAAUCAUUUCCGGCGAAGGCUCGGAUGAACAAAAAGAAGGCGUUAUUUCAGCAUUAUUGAGUUUGGCCAGGCAUAAAUUCCAGGAAGUGGUACCAAAUCUAUUAAAAUGGACCCCUGCUGUACCACUAUGCGAUCGAACAUCAGAACAGAUCAGAGGAUUAGUUAAUAUACGUGAUAUAGUUUUCUGGCAGAAUUAUUUAAGGAAACGUAAAUAUUUAUGGGACACUUUAAAAUGA